AUGGCUUUUACUAUUAUUGAAAAAAAAUUACUGAAUGAAGUAAAAACUAUGAAUAUCCAAUCUCCGGACCCAACCUUAUCGAACCACGAACGACUCGAAAUUAACGAAACCAAAGAUCGACUCAUAGAUGAAAAAAUUCUUCGACUGCAAAUGUGCAUUGACUCUAUCGAGGCCUUAAAUAAGAAGUGGAUAGAGUGUGCCCAAAAAUCCAAAACGAAAAAAGAAGAUGAGGAAAAUUACGCACAAAUAGCUACGGGAGAACAAAAUAUGUUCAUUCUGAAGCACGAAGCAAAGGAGGCCAUCAUCACGUUGACUAUGUACAAAAAGGAAAUUAAUAAUGAAAUCAAACAAAUAACUUCUAAACCGCCAAUAACGGAUUCAACAUCCUAUCGCAAUAUCAACCUCCCUCAGCUAUUUCUAUCCACUUUCGAUGGAGAACCUCGACAAUGGAGAGAGUUUUGGAAUGGGUUUAAUGCGGCUGUACAUUCCCAGGAUAUCCCACAAAGCCAAAAAAUGAAUUAUUUAAUUUCCGGUACAGCACUACAAUGGUACAGCACUACAAUGAACUCAUCGACAAUAAUGAAAUUACUGUACAAUGAACUACAGUGA